CGCAUGACGUCACUCGGGGUGAGAGGGCGGCGCGGGCGACGUCACCGCCACCGCGGCCCUGCUUCGGGAACCCCAUUGUCCGCGCUCAUUGAGAGGCCGCGCCGCGACUCAAAAGAGGCUCGUGCGCUUGCAGUGGGAUUGGGCGGCUGCAGCGGUCGGCCUGGAGUCAUGGAAUGCUGGCCCUGAGGACUGCAAGCCUUGCCGGCAUGGAGGACGAGUCGUACUCCGGGAGUGAGUCCAACCUGGAUUCCGAGGAGGAGGAAGAGGAAGAAGAGGAGUCAGAAGAGGAUGAGGAAGAGGAGGACGACGAUGACACCGCGAGAGAUGCCGCAGAGGGCGAUGGGGAUUCCGCGGGUGGGGGCGAGGAGGAGGAGGAAGAGGCGGGGGGCGAGGGGCGGCCGCCCAAGGAUCCGGCCGCCAGCGCGGUGCCCUCCAGGAAGCGGGCGGACCGUGCAGCGGCACUGGGGACCCCACGUGGCACGGCCAUCGCCAGGAAGAGGCAGAAGAGUUCCACUCGCUCCGGCCACAUGCGGAGAAACAUUCGGAAGCUCCUUCGUCCGGAGCAGCUUGAGGCCGACACUCUCGCCGCUCAGCUGGAGGAGCUGGAGCGGCGCAAGAGACUCGAGCAGACGGCCUACAAGUCCAGCCAGCCCGACGGCUCGGCCUUGGAAGAGGGCACGCGGGAGAGCGAGGUUAUCUGCGUGAGCAGCAGUGAGGAUGACGCGCCCAGCCAUGGGGACGUGAUCGAGCUGAGCUCGGAGGACGAGGCUGUGCACGUGAUCGGCUCCGAGUCGAGCGGCUCCAGCGCCGACGAGGCCGGGGCGGACGACGCCGAGGCGGAGGCGGCGGCGGCCGCUGCAUCGGCGGCGGCUCUGGGCUCGCACUGCAACGACGCUCGCAACCAGCCCGACGCGGCGGGGCGCGUGCUCGUCAAUGUCAACCGCCCUCCCGACGAGCCCGACAUCUUCAUGGCGCCCCAGCUGGCGCGCGUCGUCAAGCCGCACCAGAUUGGAGGGAUCCGCUUCCUGUACGACAACCUCGUGGAGUCUCAGGAGCGCUACAGCACCACCAGCGGCUUCGGCUGCAUCCUGGCCCACAGCAUGGGGCUGGGCAAGACGCUGCAGCUCAUCUCCUUCAUCGAUGUGCUCUUCCGCCACACGGACGCGCGCACCGUGCUGGCCAUCGUGCCGGUGAACACUCUGCAAAAUUGGCUGGCUGAGUUCAAUCACUGGCUGCCCCCGGCGGGGCACCGUGGCACAGGGCAAGGUGGCACGGGGCAGGCCACUGGGAACCCGGGCGACGCCACGGAGGAAGCACAGCCGCGCACAUUUGCUGUUCACAUCCUCAACGAUGACCACAAGACUACGGUGGCCCGGGCACGGGUGAUCGCUGAGUGGAGUGCCGGGGGCGGCGUUCUGCUCAUGGGCUAUGAGAUGUUCCGUCUCCUGUCGCUCAAGAAAGCGUCGCUCGGCUCCGGGCGCAAGAAGAAGCCCAAGAAGGAGGUGGGGCCCGUUAUCAUCGACCUGGACGAGGAGGACCGGCAGCAAGAGCUACUCCUGGACGUUGAGAAGGCCCUGACGCGGCCGGGCGCCGACGUGGUCAUCUGCGACGAGGGCCACCGCAUCAAGAACUGCCACGCGAGCACGGCACAGGCACUCAAGGCGGUGCGCACGCGGCGCCGCGUGGUGCUCACGGGUUACCCGCUGCAGAACAACCUCAUCGAGUACUGGUGCAUGGUGGACUUCGUGCGACCGAACUUCCUGGGCACGCGGCAGGAGUUCAGCAACCUGUUCGAGCGGCCCAUCCUCAACGGGCAGUGCGUGGACAGCACGCCGCAGGACAUGCGGCUCAUGCGCUACCGCAGCCACGUGCUGCACAGCCUGCUCGAGGGCUUCGUGCAGAGGCGAGGCCACAACGUACUGACGGCCACGCUGCCUGCCAAGGAGGAGCACGUGCUGCUGGUGCGGCUGUCACCCAUCCAGCGCGCGCUCUACCGCCACUUCAUGUUGCGCUUCCAAGAGGCCGGCUCCUCCGGCUGGCUCGGCUCGAACCCGCUCAAGGCCUACUGCGUCUGCUGCAAGAUCUGGAACCACCCGGACAUCCUGUUUGACGCGCUGCAGAAGGAGAGCAUCGCCGCGGACCCCGACCUGGACCUCGAGGUGUCGGACCUCCCCGCAGGCCUCACGCGCGAGCGCGGCGCCAGUGGGGGCUCCUCGGGCAGGCGCAAGGUGGCCAAGAGGGAGGUGGCAGAUCUGGAGCUGCCCAACGGGCGGUGCGGCGCGGCGACGCAGAGCGGACCGGAGCGCGGUGGACAAGUGGUGACCUACGAGUGGGCCAGGGACCUCAUGGGCAGCUACCAGACCGGUGUGCUGGAGCACUCGGCCAAGAUGGUUUUGCUCUUCCACUUGGUGGAGGAGAGCGUGCGACACGGGGACAAGAUCCUUGUCUUCAGCCAGAGUCUGUCCACUCUGGACAUCAUCGAGGCGUUCCUGAGCCAGAGGAAGAUCCCCACCGUCUCGGGUUCGGCCUCCCCCUCUGCCCCCUCUGCCCCCUCGGACCCCUCGGACCCCUCGGCCCCGUCGGCCUCGUCAGCGCCGCCCGCGGAGACCCAGGUGCCCCCAGCAGCCUCCUCGCCCACCGGCCUCGUAUGGAGCAAGAACGUCAACUACUUCCGACUGGAUGGCAGCACAGCCACCUCGGAGCGGGAGAAACUCAUCAACCAGUUCAACAACCCCCUCAACAGCAGCGUGUGGCUCUUCCUACUCUCCACCCGGGCCGGGUGCCUGGGCAUCAACCUGAUUGGGGCGAACCGCGUGGUGAUCUUCGACGCGUCCUGGAACCCGUGCCACGACGCGCAGGCCGUGUGCCGCAUAUUCCGCUACGGCCAGGUCAAGCCGUGCUUCGUGUACCGCCUCGUGUCCGACUUCACGCUUGAGAAGAAGAUCUACGACCGGCAGAUCUCCAAGCAGGGCAUGUCCAACCGUGUGGUGGACGACAUGAAUCCCGUGUUGAACUUCACGCGCCACGAGGUUGAGAAUCUGCUGCACCUGGUGGAGGAGGAGGAGGCGGCCCCCGUGGACCUCCCCUCCAUUGCGCAGCGCCACCACGACCCGCUCCUCCGCACCGCCUGCCUCCAGCACAGCCGCCUGCUCACCAAGGAGCCGUUCACGCACGAGUCUCUGCUGAUGGAGCGCUCCGAGUACCGGCUCACGCCGGCCGAGAAGCGCCUCGCCAAGAAGAGCUACGAGGACGAGAAGCGCGCGUGCGUGCCCUACCAGCGGCCCAGCUACGCCCAGUUCUACCCCAGCGUGGCCAGCAGCCUCAGCAGCCUCACCGCCUUCACGCAGCAGCAGCAGCAGCAGCACCACAGGCUCUCAAUGCACGCGGGCCUCAAGAGCCGCCCCGUGGCCAACGUGCCGCCCAUGCAGACGACGCCCGUGCCCAUGCUGCCCCGCGUGGUGCCCGCUGGGUCCGGCCUCGCCCCCGGCGUCCUCAACCCCGCCGCGCUUACCAUGAGCUCCCUGCAGCGCGCCGGCGUCAACGUGCAGAGGAUCGUCACGACCACCGAUAUUGUGGUUCCUGGAUCACACACAUCCACCAAUACACAAGCCAAGAUCUCGGCGGGGGAGAACAUUUUCGUCAUCCAGGGGAACAGGGGGGUCUACAUCCGCACCAACGAUGGCAAGAUCUUCGCCGUCAGGUCCGGACCCAAGCAUCCCGGACGCACCAUCCCUGGAGGCGAGGUCGUGCCAGUGCCGCACUCUUCUUCACAGCCGUGGGGCGCCGCCGCGUCUGCGCUGGGCUUGAUGGAGGCGCCGAUGCUUUGUGGACCAGACUCCCACGAGCUCCCGGCUGCCCCCGCGCUCACCCACACUCAGCAGCCCUUGCCCGGCGAUGGCGGCGGAGGAGAGCAGGGCUCCGAGGAGAAAGGGCAGCUGGACAGGCGUGGAGACAGUGCCCUGGCGGAGCGCCUGCGCAGGGAUGGCGGGCACGGCACGGAGCUCAACGGAUGCGCGGAGAAGAAGCAGGACGGGGAGGAGGAGGCACGGACGCGCAACGGCCUGGCUCUCUCCCCGCCUGGGCCCUCGUCGGCCACGUCGGGGCUCCCCGAGCCGCUGGCCGUGGCGCCGCUCGCCCCGCUGGGACACCCGCUGUGUGUGGGGCCCACGCUCUACCCCUACCAGCAAGUGUACGGAGACCCCCGCCUUUACAGCGGGGGGGGCGGAUACUUCAUGCCGCCGUCGACGAACCCCGCAGCGGGGGGCGCGGCAUCGCACACGUCCUCGCCGCAGGCCACCCUGCCGCCCAGCUCGGCCUUCUCGUCCUCGACGCUCGCGCAGACCCUGCUGAGGGACCAAGGCCUCCGCGAGCAUGGCCUCCUGCCCUCGCUGACGCUGCCGGCGCCGUCGCUGCUGCCGGCGACGGAUCUGUCGUUCCUGCGUGGCUCCGGGGCCGCCUUCCCUGCGCUGGCACCGCAGCCGCCCCCGGGGGGCCUCCCCCGGGCUGGGGCACAGGUGGCAGGAGAGCAGAUCGUCAUCAGCUCCGACGACAGCGACUGACGAGGCCGCGGCGGUGCGGACGAAACGACGGGGGGGGGGAGGGGGCGGGGUGUGGAUGGGGACGUCCACCCUCCCACCCCCGUGCGCGCCCACCGGGCCCCAGUGGUCAGGUCUGGGCAGUGGAGUCGCUUCUUGACUACUGACCUGUGACGUCGCUCCAACAGCAUCCUCUAUAUACUGUAUUGUACAUAUAUGUAUAUGUGUACGCACGUGUAUUCGUGUAUAUAUAAGUAUGGAUACAUCGGCCAGGCAGAGUCGGGGACGGGGGGAGGCUGGGGGGGGAGCCCGUCAGUCGUUUGUUUCUGGGAGCCCCAAAAUGCCCUAGUCCGAUCUCGUGCUCUGAUCCAGUUCAUCUGAAACCCGAAUCCCCCCACCCCUCCCCUUCACCCUGGCCCUUUUUUACUCCUUGGUGCAGGUCCAAGCCUCCUUUUCACUCCCAUUCCUGAACUCCCCAGGGUCAUCGCGGUCCUAUCCAUCAGGGGGGCCCCCUGCGAGGCCGGUCAGUUAUGAUGAUUUUUUUUAUACAAAGCGUGUGCGCGGCCCGCAACGCGUCGGCACAAUGUAAGAUAAUUAGCGAGCGGGCGACGCACGCGCGUGCCGAGCCCUGCGGAUUGAGCAAUAGUGGCCACUUCCUCUUGGAGCCUGAGCAGCCCCCCCCCCCCCCACCGGGUGAGCCGAGGUCACCACCUCGAGCCGAUUCCUGGGGUCCUACUCUCUCUCUCGUGUCUCCUAGUCUCAGUGGGCAGGAGAGGAGCUGGGGACGGGGCGUGUGUGGGAAUGUGUAACGCGUAGACGACGGCGAUUGGCUGUGGGAGGGAGAAGCGACAGAAAUGGCAACGGCCUUCGGUGGUGAAAAGCAGAGCGAUGGGGACUGCGUGAAAUCGCUCCGCACAGAGCAAAGUGACGAGCCGAACGUACGUACGCACGUCGAAUUUCUUUCGCACCGUACGUAGCCAACCGUGCUGUUCAGAGGUGUGGGGCAAAGGACAACAAACUAAACAGAUAUAUGUUUAAAUUUCGAUUUAAAGCUUUCGUGAUU